AUUUCUCGUAUCUGCAAAUUUCCCUAUUUAUGCGUAUCCUCUUAUUUUUAUACGCGCACUCCCUCUCCCCAACGCUUAUAUUUAUAAACUCAGGUCGCUUCGCUGAUUAGAAGUAGAACUUUGCCGAGGUUUUCGGGAUGUCUCAGGCUCGUGAACCCAGUUACGGCCCGUUCAAAGCUUGCAAUUUUGUUGUGUUUUCCAUUGAAAAACCUUCUGAUAUUCUCUUUCGGGUUAUCAGAUGUGCGGUACUGAUUUUUCUGGUCACCUCCUUAUCACUUGUUCUCUACUCGGCUGUCACGGGUCAAACUCGGUGGUUUCCGUUCCCGGAAGGCGCCGCCCAAUAUUCUGGCGGACCCUACGGAACCACCGACUAUAUUUCCGGGGAUAAUCUCGGCGAAACGAACAUAUCGCACGUACAAUUCGGGAUUGCGGGUUCGGUGGCCACAUGGAAGGACCGCAGGCACUAUAGCGAACUGUGGUGGAAACCCAACGUCAGCCGCGGGUACGUCUGGCUCGACGGCAAACCUGACGCCGCCGUUCCAUGGCCGAAAAGUUCGCCGCCGUACCGGGUUUCGGAGGACUGGUCGCGGUUCAAGUACUCGUCUUCGCAAUCCGCAGUCCGGAUCGCCCGAAUCGUGUCGGAGAGUUUCCGGGUCGGGUUACCGAAUGUGAGGUGGUUCGUGAUGGGAGACGACGAUACGGUGUUCUUCACUGAGAAUUUAGUUUCGGUGUUAGCGAAGUAUGAUCACCGUCAGGUGUACUACAUUGGGGCCAACUCGGAGAGCGUUGAACAGGAUGUCAUGCACUCGUAUGGCAUGGCGUUUGGCGGUGGCGGAUUCGCUGUUAGUUACGGCCUGGCGGCGAAACUGGCGACGAUGUUGGACGGUUGCCUCGACCGCUACUACAGAUUCUACGGCUCUGAUCAGAGGAUCUGGGCGUGUGUAAGCGAGAUCGGUGUCUCUCUCACAACAGAACGUGGGUUCCACCAGAUGGACAUAAGAGGGGACCCAUACGGUCUCCUAGCUGCACACCCGGUGGCACCACUGGUCUCACUCCAUCACAUUGAUGCAGUGAGCCCCAUGUUCCCGAGCCAUACCCACCUAGAUUCACUUAAAUCUCUCUUCCGCGCAUACCAGGUCGACCCGGCCCGAAUCCUACAGCAGAGUUUCUGCUAUGACCAUAGGCGAAACUGGUCCAUCUCCGUCUCCUGGGGCUACACCGCCCAGCUGUACCCGUGGUUAGUGCCGGCCCACAUUUUAGACACGCCGUUGCAGACGUUUCGGACGUGGCGGAGUCGGAGCCAGGGGCCUUUCACCUUCAAUACCCGACAGGUUACGUCCGACCCGUGCGAGCAGCCGGUUAUAUACUUCCUCGAGGAGGUUCGGGAGGUUGCGAAGGGUGAGACCAUGAGUAGCUAUGGGAGGGCUGUGGCCCAACCAGAGAAGGCGUGUCAACGUCCAGAUUACGCUCCUGUAAUGGCGGUGCAGAGAAUCAAAGUCUCCACAUUGAAGAUGAGUCCUCAGGACUGGAAAAAGGCGCCACGCAGGCAAUGCAGUCAGAUUGUGAAGUUGAAGGAUUCCACACUGCAAGUAAAGAUCAGAAGCUGCAAGCCUUGAGUGUAGAAAGAAACGAAGCAGACAAAGGAUGGCGGAGCACAUGGGGAAGUGGGGGAAAUAUGCAUACGACACUGCACGGUCAUGUGUUGGUCUGUUUCAGGACGCAUCAACAUUUAAAGCUCUUGCUUCCGGCUCUCAGAGUCACCCAUACAAAACACUGGAGUUGGUUACACCUGUAAGCGCAACUCAGGAUAUGUAAAAUUACAUAUAUUUAUAUACAUGUAGAUCAAUCAGCACACCGCUCUGUGCUCACCCUUCCAAUACUUUCUCCCUGAAUAGACGAGUGGAGAGACCGCCUUUUUCUGUGUAUAUAUAUAUGUUAAAGUGGGAUAGGACAUGAUAGGAGCAUUGAAAGUGAUGAAAAAUAAGGCUUUCAUCUUAUCUUUUCAAAUACCUAAUAUGCUGAUUGAUUCUUUGACUAAUUCUCUUGCUUAUGAAUAUGACAUCCUUUCUUUUCUCA